ACCCCUGCACCUGACUCUCUCCACUUCACCAAAGAAUGCAAGGCAAAAGACAGCCUCGAAGUAACAGCUAUUUAUUCAACAGGUCAUCCUACUCAACGAGCACUCGUUACGUUAUUGCGGCGCUGCAGACUCAUCAAUAACUCAGAGCUAUAUGUUAAAGAUGCCAAGGUCCUUUCUGGUGAAGAAACAUCUCACUAAUAAGAAGCCAAACUAUGGAAUUUUGGAUUCAAAAGCAGACGGUACAGUUAACUUUUAAAAUCUACUUAAAUUAUAAGUUUAUAUCGUUGUGUUGUUUAUUCUCAUCUAGUUCUAUAAAAAAAAUACCAAUGUCAAUACCUUUGCUAUUUUGUCUGUUGGCUAGAACUUGCAUUCUUUCAGAAAAAAAAUAAUGAACUUAUCAUUAUUUAUUUUAUUCCAUUCAUAGCCCAUUUUGAAAAUGAUUUUUAUUUUUCCCUUGAGUAAUUGAACACACUAGGCCUAUAACUCAAACAAAAUGAUUACAGCAUAGUCUAAAAGUAUGUUAGUUAUAGGAAAGUAAAUAAUGAUGGAUUGAAAUGAUACCUUGGAAUAGGAUACAACAAAUGCGGUUUUGGAGUUUAGCAGGUGCAAAAUCUGUCACACAAAAGAAGAGCUUAUUGUUAGUCCCUCCUUCUGGGAUCUGAAGGGUCCUAUUAAGCGCCUUCAAGAGGCUAAUGUAGUGCCCUCCGAGGCUCCUUUUACCCUGAAAUUUGCCUUAAGUCUGGGUUUUUGUUCCAAUUCACCCUUUAAAGCAAGCUAGCCUCCCACCCUCCUCUAUUGAACUGUCAAGAUUACCGUUAUAGAAGUGGAAAAGAAAAUGAAUGUGACUGAAAUCAGAUGAGUUUUUUAAAAGGAAAAUAGAAUAGUUCCUGUUGGCUAUGUGAAUGCAUUGAAACUUUGGAACUCUGUUACUUUGAGACUGCUCCUAAUAUUGUAAAUUAAUGUCAAAUGUUUAACUAUAUGUUUUAACGUAUUACUGAAUCCUACCUAAUUAUUCUCAUAGAGCAUGAUUAAAACAUUUGAAUGUACUUGUAAAACAGUUUUAACAUAAAAUGGUGUUUGUGUCAUUACAGCUCUCCAUACCAGCCUGGUCCAGCCUGAGGUACCAUGUUACAUCCCCAGCACUCCUCAGCCCCUGGAGGGUUGGCUGCCAGGACCAAGUCUCAUCCCCACACCAGCCUCCAUGCACUCUCCACAGGUAGACAGGCUGCCUUCAAGGGACACCAGCUUGUCCCUGCAUAGCUCAACACAGGAAAUCACCUACCCCCUGUCAGUGUCUCACAACAUUCCGCUAAGAGACUCACACUCCGGUCUUGAGCCCCUGGGAACCAUGGAACCCCAGACCUUCCUGCCCUCACAGGACUUCAGACACCUGCAGGAGAGGGGCGGCAUGCCUAAUCCCCUCCUGGGCCUUGUCCACCCUGGUGUUAGUCAGGAGCGCUUUGAAUGCUUCGACUGCCACAAAGCCUACUUCACCUUCUCUGGGCUGGCCAAGCACAGGCAGUUGCACUGUGAGUGGCAGUGUCACAAGUACUUCAGCUGCAAGUACUGUGACAAGGAGUACGUGAGCCUGGGAGCUCUGAAGAUGCACAUCCGAACACACACACUGCCGUGCGUCUGCAAGCUCUGUGGGAAGGCCUUCUCCAGGCCUUGGCUGCUCCAGGGACACAUUCGCACACAUACAGGUACGGCCGGAGAAAUGUACAGCCGGCAACACUUUUUACCUUUAUUCACCAGUUUCAUGAAUUGAGCUUGACUUCACAUCGUCCCGUAUUCAGUUACCCACUAGGGCUCUGAGUUGAUAAUUUCCUUUUCUCAGGUGAGAAGCCGUUCUCCUGCCCACACUGCAGCCGGCCGUUUGCUGACCGCUCCAACCUCCGAGCACACCUACAGACACACUCUGACAUCAAGAAAUACCAGUGCAAGAGCUGCUCCAAAACCUUCUCCAGGAUAUCUCUGCUCUCCAAGCAUGAAGAGGCUGGCUGCUGCCCACUGUCC